GGAGGUAGCAGGAACCCAGCUGACAACCAAGCACGGAAAGACCCUCAGAAGACAGAGGGGUUCCUGGUCCUUGCUGCAGAGCUCCGGGGAAGCGUCUGGGAUCCUCACCCUGGUCUGCAGGUUUAAAAUGGGACUCAGAUACUGGGCCCCUCAGAUGCUGGCUGGGAAGAUCUGACUCACUGAGGAAGAGCCAAGUGCCUGCAGAGAGGAGUCAUCAACCUUGCAGACGCCAGUGGGACAGCUUCAGGGGUGUGCACCUGCCUAGAUGGAGACCACUGUGGGGACCCUGGGCGAGAAUACCACAAACACUUUCACCGACUUCUUUUCUGCACGUGAUGGCAGUGGAGCCGAAACCUCCCCCUUGCCAUUCACUUUCAGCUAUGGUGACUAUGACAUGCCCUCGGAUGAAGAGGAGGAUGUGACCAACUCUCGGACUUUCUUUGCUGCCAAGAUUGUCAUUGGCAUGGCUUUGGUGGGCAUCAUGCUGGUGUGUGGCAUCGGCAACUUCAUCUUCAUCACUGCGCUGGCCCGCUACAAAAAGCUUCGCAACCUCACCAACCUGCUUAUCGCCAACCUGGCCAUUUCGGACUUCCUGGUAGCCAUCGUGUGCUGCCCCUUUGAGAUGGACUACUAUGUGGUACGCCAGCUCUCCUGGGAGCACGGCCAUGUCCUGUGCGCCUCCGUCAACUACUUGCGCACCGUCUCCCUCUACGUGUCCACUAACGCCCUACUGGCCAUUGCCAUUGACAGGUAUCUGGCCAUUGUGCACCCGCUGAGACCGCGGAUGAAGUGUCAAACGGCUGCAGGCCUGAUCUUCCUGGUGUGGUCUGUGUCCAUCCUCAUCGCCAUCCCAGCCGCCUACUUCACCACUGAGACGGUGUUGGUCAUCGUGGAAAGCCAGGAGAAGAUCUUCUGCGGCCAGAUCUGGCCGGUGGAUCAGCAGUUCUACUACAGGUCCUAUUUCCUUUUGGUCUUCGGCCUCGAGUUCGUGGGUCCUGUAAUCGCCAUGACCCUGUGCUAUGCCAGGGUGUCCCGAGAGCUCUGGUUCAAGGCGGUGCCCGGCUUCCAGACAGAGCAGAUCCGCCGGAGGCUGCGCUGUCGCCGACGGACGGUACUGGGGCUCGUGUGCGUCCUUUCCGCCUAUGUGCUGUGCUGGGCUCCCUUCUAUGGCUUCACCAUCGUGCGUGACUUCUUCCCCUCCGUGUUUGUGAAAGAGAAGCACUACCUCACCGCCUUUUAUGUGGUGGAGUGCAUCGCCAUGAGCAACAGUAUGAUCAAUACGCUGUGCUUUGUGACUGUCAGGAAUAACACCAGUAAGUACCUCAAGAGGAUCCUGCGGCUCCAGUGGAGGGCCUCUCCUAGCGGGAGCAAGGCCAGCGCUGACCUCGACCUCAGGACCACGGGGAUUCCUGCCACGGAGGAGGUGGACUGCAUCCGACUGAAAUAAGCAAAAUGGUACCACAGCGCCCGGGUGCACACAGCAACGAUGAACUCGGCUUUCUGUGGAAGGCAGAGGAAAGAGACAACCACUUAGACACACUAUUUAAGGAGCACUGAAGUGUGGAAUUUCUGAAAUGGAGAUCUGAGAUACUGUCACUAGUGGUCAGGGUUCACUGGAUGUCUAAAUUUUGCAAGAGUAGACACCAUUGAAAGUCCUUUGACAAAAUGAAGUGGGGAUUAUAGCCAGGAAAUAUGGUUUGGAGGGUCUGGAAAAGGGUGUUUCCAGAGAGAAGGCAGAGCAGGCUGUGUAGGUAGGACUCUCCUGUCUGUGCUUAGGGUGAGUACAUGGGCUCUAUGUGGGCCUAGCUCACCUCUGGCAGCACUCCUGGGCUUUUGUUCAGGUCUAGCAUUAGCAAGCUUAGAGCAAGAGCACAGGAGAGUUUCCCAGCUCUGCUGCAGUCCUCUGCUCACCUCAGAAUCCCCACUGAGAGGGGAAUCAAAGGCAUGAGGACCCAUGGCUAAGUUCUAACCACCCACCCCCAACUCUUAGGCCUAGGGCUCUGCACACAGACAGUGGGGGUGGGGGUUCUUCUGGAGCAUGGACUUGGGGGAGGAGCCAUGGACUCUGGGUGCCAUUUACAUAGGGAAUUUUGGGUUCUGAGUCAUAAGUAGAGUGAAGUUUGAGCUCGGGUGAAAUGAUUUCCUCACUUCAUGGUCUACUCACUGCAGGGGAGAAGGAGAUGAAGAAUGGGAGGGUAUGGUGGGACCUCUGAAAGCAUGUGUACAGGUUAAAGGAUGCUGUUGCUCCAUCUCUCAGCUUCUGUGCCCUGGACCACUCAUGUUUCUUGGAUCUUCAUGCUUCUGUGUUUAUGGAGCAUAGAACUCUUGAAGGUAUAAACAUAGCACCUCACUCUCCCAUCCCCACUAGCCCUCAAACAAGAUGUGUUCAUCUCAACUAGUCUAUUUGAUGAGGUCCCCUCAUCCACUGGUAUGAUGGGGAGAAAGAUUUCUUAGCCACUGGCACCUGACUCUUGGCCUGGUCACGAUCCUAGGAAUUAAGACUGGAUGCUCUUUCAGAAUGAAGGUGACCUUGGAGAAAUCACCACAGUUCUGCUCUUCAGUACAAAUGAAGACUUGUAUGUCAGGGGUGCAGCCUGGACACUCAGGAAAAAGAGAUUGACCAACAGCAAGCUCUAGGGACCCCACAGACAUUUGAAAGUCUCAUCCCACUUGGUAACUCGCCUUCUUAGUCUGGCAUUUAGAAUUCUGGCCUGAGAAAAUCUGAGGCCCAGCUUUGACUAAGUCAUCUACACAGACCUGAGAUGAGACUUUCUGAGGACAAAGGUAAUAACCUAAGAAACCUUGUUAGAAUUGUUGUGAGAUCAAUCAAAUAAUGUAUGGAAGAUAUGCUGUUAACCAUCUGAAUAGUAAAGUAUCACCACCAUCACCACCACCACCACCACCAUCACCACCAUCACCAUCACCACCAUCUCUACCACCACCACCAUCAUCACCAUCUCCAUUACCAUCAUCACCAUCUUCUCCACCACCACCAUCACCACCAACACCACCAUCUCUACCUCCACCAUCACCACCAACACCACCAUCUCUACCACCACCAUCAUCACCAUCUCCAUCACCACCACCACUACCUUCUCUGCCACCACCACCACCACCAUCUCUACCAUCAUCAUCACCAUCUCCACCACCACCUCCAUCACCAUCUCCUCCACCACCAGCAGCAACAGCAACGAUGGUGAACUAGCAACUGUGGGAUGACUGGACAAAGACAAACUUGUACAUACAUCUCAUGUAUCUGUCAAUCUAACCAGC